UCAUUUCGGGACAACCGUACCAGGUAGUCGGUGAGGUCGCAUGUUGCUUAUCCAGUCGAUCUCGUGCAUGCGGUCUGCGAUGUGGAAUAUUGAUGCGGUGGGUCUUUGAGUCAAGCACUUUGACACGAACAGUGGCGUCGAACGCAAAAGGCUUACAUAACCUUCGAAGCCCAACUCGCAAUCAAGCGUCUUCUGCAAACUUUGUCUCUCUGGUCCCUCCUCUUCAUACUUUCGAGGGUAACUUUAUUCUUACCGCUAGAUUGCAUACUCGAAUCCGGGAAGAACCGAAACACAUAACGCUCCACGUGCCAUUCCGAAGAAGCUGUUUUCCUGCGAUGGACGAAAUCGCUCAGGCACGUGCUGAACUGGCACGACUGGAAAGCGCAGUGAGGAGUCGUCUUGACGAGAUGUUGGCUGCCCGCAAAGCCGUUGAAGUGCAGAGAGCUCAGAUCAAAGAGUUUAACAGCCAACGGCCCUCAACAAUUCACCGUCUUUCUGACGAGCUCCUCGUGCAGAUAUUUGGUUUUGCGAUGGUUUGUCGCGAAAAUAGGAUGUUCACUGAUCAUGUCAGGCUCGAUCAAUGGCGGAGAAACCUGGCUAGCGUCUCGCGACAUUGGAGAGAGGUGAUCCUGAUCACACCAAUUCUCUGGCGCGAUAUCUACCUGACAUCACGACAAGACCAAUGUGCGUUGGAGUCGCAGCUGAAGAGGAGUCAAGGAGUACUUCUUGACGUCACGAUUAGAACAGAUAUGGCGAAUUACUCUACUAUUGUUCCGUUACUGCGGCAUCUUUGUCCAACCACAAACCGCUGGCGUAGCCUGCACAUCUAUAACGGCCCCUCCAACAUUCUAAAUUUUAGCGCCAUCCUUCACGAGUUGAGCAAGCUGGAAUUCCCUGCCCUUGCAGACAUUUACAUCCAGAUGUAUCACCCGAAAUCGAUCUACCUUGUCCUGCAAUGUCCUUUACCAAGUGCACCUGCUCUCAAGCAUCUGACACUCCAAAGUUUUGUCUCAGCUAGCCCACUCGAGACUCCCGAGCUGGAAUUUAAAUAUUUCGAUAUACUUCCGUUGUUACUCUUUCGGACUUCCAGCGCCUCGUUAAUUACGCUCUCCCUCGCUGGCUGUGCUGAUGUCUGGAUGCUUGGGCGGAACACCAUCCACUUCCCGCUUCUUGAGGAACUCACGCUCAACAACCUGUGUACUGCACCGUUUUUGGAAGCCAUCAUAGCACCUAAGCUUGAACGCUUUCGCCUCAUGGAUCACAAAUGUCAGUGGGAAGCGUUCAGUCUGUUUGGGUCGAAAUUCAGCAAGGUCUACCAUCUUGAUCUUACGAUCAAUGGGAAAUCAAUUUCAGCAGACGUUCUCAAUGGCAUCGCUUUCUGUCAGGCAUUUCCUAACACACGCCAUGCAGAGUUCUCGAGCAUCAAAGACCUCCAUCCUCUCGUCACACCUAUCUCAUCGCCCGGAAAGUUUGCGGGGUCACAAAUUCCAGCAAACAGCUGGGCAAGCCUCGAAUCAUUGCGGAUAUUCAUACCAAAGGACUUUCGAAACCACAUUGAAAAAUUUGAUCAGCUCACGCAAUGGCUGGAAAUGCGACAGGAGUCUGGCUUGCCAAAGUUGCACGUCAAGUUCACAGGCAAUCCAAACGUCCCGCUGAAUCCCACAGAUUUAUCCCUCCUUUUUAGCAAGGUACAAAACCGCUGCAUUCUGGAAUACUGCUUACCGCUGUCCCUCCGUCCAAUUGAUUCCAUGAGGAGCAAGCGGGGUGAAGAAUUCCUUGGAAUUUGGUAA